AUGGCACCGAAUAGAGUCACUAAGCUAUUAAAAGCGCUUGAAGAUAUAAGAAACAAAUGUCAGAAAUCUCCAUACCAGUUGAACGUUAAUGUCGGAUUAAUUUUUCUGGGUUGUACUUUCGAUCUGUUAAAUGUGGCAAGUAUGAUCUCACUUAUAGAUGAUCUUGCAAAAACAUACAACAUCUCCUAUACAACGGCCUCGUGGUCCUUAACUUCCUACGCUGUCACUUUUGCUGGUUUUAUUGCAUGCAUGGGUCGACUAGGUGAUAUUGUAGGGAAUUCGGUUCUGUUUACUAUCAGUUGUUCCUUUUUCGCGAUUUUGUCACUUCUUUGCGCAGUUAUGCCAAACUUCCCUGCGUUUGCUGUUUUCAGGGCUAUACAAGGCAUCUGUGCAGCGGGUCUUGUACCGUGCGCUUACGCUUUGAUUCCUAUUUUAGCACCAAAAGAAAAAGUUCAGACAUACUUCUCAAUAGUUUCUUGUGGAUUUAGCUCCACCAUAGGUCUGGGACUUAUAAUUGGAGGGGCGUUCGCGGCUACCAAGAUAGGAUAUAGAGGCAUUUUCUAUCUGACUUUUGCAGUAAUGUCCCUUAUUUCGAUAAUCGCCUUCUUCUUCACCUAUGAUGUUGAAAGAUUUAAUAAGAAACCUCAGAAUGAUCAAGUUCGGACUAGCGUAAAGUCACUGGAUUUUAUUGGUUCGCUUAUAUUUGUAGCUGGGAGUAUACUGAUUGUUGUUGGCCUAACAGAAGGAGGUGAAUCGUGGAAUAGGCCUGUGACCUAUGUAACACUUAUUAUAGGAAUAAUUUUAUUCUUUGGGUUUUUCGUGUGGAAUUGUACAUACGCAAAGGUUGUUCGCGGUAUUAGAUGCGUUGGGAUUGACACCUCUAAAUACUUUGAAAAGGUCCAGCUUUUGAUUCCUGUAGAUGUUCUUUUCAUGAAGAAUUUUAUACCCAUUGUUUUGGCAUUCGCACUAAACAACGCAUGUCUUUUUUCGUGUCUUUAUAUCAUUGACCAGUACUCCCAAUAUGCAGAGAAAGACAGUCCUCUACUUGCUGGUGUGAAGCUAGUCCCUUUGAUAGUAUGUAUGGUUAUCGGCAAUGCCUUAUGUGCAUUUGAGUCUACGAAGUUAAAGCCUAGAGUUGGGGUUGCACUUGGUUUUUUUUUGGCACUCGCCGGAUCUGUUAUACUAAUCCAGUUGCAUUUGGUUAAAGAGGACGUAUUUUGGAAAAUAUUUUUCAGUUCUCAAGCCUUGGUAGGGUUUGGAGUGGCUAUUUUCUAUCCUUACGCACUCCAAAUUGCAGUCGGAGGUGCUCCAGAUCAAUCAAAGGGUAUCGCAUCCGGUGUAGCACAGACGUUUGGUCAACUAGGGAUUGAGAUAACUUUUUCAGUUAUGGCAUCCGUUCUUGGGAAUAUUAACGAGAUGAGAGGGAAAAAUGAUGCAGUCCAGAAGUUUCGCACUGGAUUCCAAAACUGCUCAUAUUUUACUGUCGCGGUGGGAGCACUUGGAUUUUUGGUGACAGCACUAUGCAUCAGAGAUAUUCGUCCGCCUAAUGAUGGUACUUCAGAUCUCGAGUCUUCCAUCCAUAGAACGAAAAUAGAAAUAGACCAAGAGAAAGAUGAGACCGAAGAGAAAGCCUAA